AUGUCUCAUUCACCCACUGUCUCUCGCUCACUGUCUCACACGCUGGCUGGCUGCUCUCGCCCACUGUCUCUCACCCUUUGUCUCUCACCCUCUGUCUCUCACCUGCUGUCUCUCACUCGAGAUGUGCAGGUGUUCAUAUUCCCUACUACCAUCGACAAUCAAAUCAGUUAG